CAACCGAGGCUGCACCUCUUCAGAGCUUCCUGUCUGUGGAUUGCCAAACAACAGCUAACAAACGGACACAAGAAACUCGCCGGUGGUGCCUGAACGAAAUACAAACGAUGGGAAAGAAACACAAGAAACACAAGUCGGAAAAACACGCAUAUGAAGAAUACGCAGAGAGACCACUCAAACUGGUCUUGAAGGUGUCUGGCAAUGAGGUGACCACGGGGAGCUCCAGCCGGGACACUUUUUACGACGAGCAGUCGCCGGAAUGUGAUAAAGCCAAAGACAAGAAGAAGAAGAAGAAAAAGGACAAAGAGAGGAACUGCAGCACGCCUGACAGUGACAAAGGAAAGAAGAAGGUGAUCAAAAAGAAGAAGGGCCACGAUAGGGAUGGAGAAGAUGAACGGGAUAACUGCAGGACUCCCAUCAGAUCGGAGCUGGAUAAACUGGAAGCAGAGAAAGAACUAACCCCUCUACAGGAAGCACUGAACCAGCUCAUAAGACAGCUCCAAAGGAAGGACCCCAGUGCGUUUUUUACCUUCCCAGUGACAGACUUGAUUGCGCCAGGCUACUCAACCAUCAUCAAGCAGCCCAUGGACUUCAGCACCAUGAAAGACAAAGUGAAGAAACAAUGCUACGUGACUUUGGAUGAGCUCAAGGCUGACUUCAGGACAAUAUGCGAGAACGCCAUGGUGUACAACAAGCCUGAAACCAUUUACCACAAAGCUGCUCGCAAGCUGCUGCACUCGGGGAUGAAGAUUCUCAACAAGGAGCGUCUGGAGAGCCUGAAGCAGAGCAUUGAGUUCAUGUCCGGUCUGGAUCCAUCUGACAAGGCUGCAUGGAAUCGCCAGGAUCAAGGGGCGGCUUGCUUGCUGACCAAAAGAGAAGCCAGCACGGAGGGCAGUGAGCGAUCGCAGACGCCUGGCACACCCAGCGGCAGACCAGACAAGGAAGCCAAGGAAGAAGGGGCAGAGAAAGAGCUUGAGAAAAUUCGCAAGGUAAUCGAGGAGUCCAGGGGGAAACUGUCCAACCGAGUGCUGCAGUGCGACUUGGAGUUUAGCAGGCAGAGGCAGUCAGAUGGCUCCACCACUCUGGCUUUUGUUAACCCAGCUGAUCCGUCAGCGGGAGAGGCGGGAUACUGCCCUAUCAAGCUGGGCAUGAUGUCCACCCGCCUGCAGAGCGGUGUGAACUGCCUGCAGGGCUUCCGCGAGGACAAGAGGAACCGCAUCACUCCUGUGUCCUACAUGAGCUACGGGCCGUUCACAUCCUACGCGCCCGUCUACGACUCCAGCUUCUCCAACGUCGGCAAGGACGACUCAGACCUCAUUUACAGCUUCUACGGCGGCGAGUCCAGCCUGCAGGAGUCGGACAGCUUGUCGGAGUUCCUGUCCAAGUCGGGCGAGUAUGUGUACAAAAUGGCCGAUAACCUUCUGGACGCAAUGACCAACGGCGAGCAUUCAAAGAAGCUAAAAGAGACCGAACCAUUUGUGUGUGUCCAGCAGGUGGCGGAGCCUUCACAAGAGGACAAACCUAAUGCAGAGGCAUUCCAGCCUGAUGCUUGGGGCUGCAGUGAGACGGAGCUUCCCGCUGCCGAGGAGCUUUCUGGAGCCGAUGUGCAGCAGAAACUGGACGAGACCACGCGGCUCCUGCGGGAGCUGCAGGAGGCGCAGAGGGAGCGUCUGAGCACCAAACAGCCACCCAACAUGAUUUGCCUGCUGGCGCCGAGCACCAAGGAACUAGAGCUGGCUGAGAGGGUGACGGGCAACCUGGCCGCGCUGACGGGCCGAGUGGCCCCACGUGACAUCAGCAGCAUUUGGGCCAUCAGGAAGGCCAUGGGCAUCGCGCUCCCUCUGGAGGCCCUCAUAGACCUCACCACAGUGCGGGAGACGGCGGAACCAAUGGACACCAUGCCAAGUUGUCAGGAUGCUCCGCCCAUUGCUGCAGUUUAACAACAUAAAGCCUUUUUUUUUUUGGUACAAAAAAAAAAUCCUCACUAUGUGACAUUUGAUAAACUUUUUAAAUUAACAAAC